AGCCCGACUGUAAAGACACAAAUGGAAGUUGCCCGUACUGGGCCGACAACGGCUAUUGUACCAGAUACUCAGCUUGGAUGAAAACCAACUGUAAAUUAAGCUGUGGAGGAUGUCUUUGUGGAGCCAAUAUGCCUCUCUUGUACUGGUCCAAUGAGCUGGCCAACUACGCCGCGGCUCGGGUGGACAAAUGCGAGUACAAGCACGACCCAGCCAAGAAGUACGGUGAAAACCUCUACAUGAUGUAUUAUCAUUUCCUGGACGCGGACGUGGCAGCCACAACGGCGUCCCAAGCCUGGGGAGACGAGAUCCAAUACGUCACACCCGACUGGGCAUGCGCAUACGGGCCGAAAACGAAAGAGACGUGCGGUCACUACUCGCAGCAAGUAUGGAACACCACCACACAAGUGGGGUGUGCCGUCGGUCACUGCUAUGGGGGCGGCCCCUAUCCUAGGGGUACCUACGUCUUCUGUGAGUACACACCGAAAGGGAAUCUUAUCAUAAAUGAUUUGACCGGAAAGAAGAUCUACGUCCCGCCCUACUAGACCAGCUCCAGAGAUACAAACAGCAAAUCGCUUCUACCCUUAAUAACUUUUUUGAAGUUUCAGCUUAAAAGUCCUUUUUUCAGUUUGGCUCCUCUUUUCAUCUGGUCGUCCGGUAGCAUCAUAUCCGAUGUAUUAUUUGUUUAUGCCAUUUCUAUUCGAACUGAUAAUAUCUCAGUCUUCAAGUUACCUUGGCUGUAUCUUUAGUAGGCGAUCUUUUCCAGUUACCUAAAGAUAUACAAGGACUAAGUCUCAUUUUCUUGCACAAAGUUUGAAAAUAUAAAUUAUGUCUACGAAGCACAACAGAAAAACACCAACGACUGAAAAUAUUAGGCCAAGAGUCAAAUGUAACUGCACAUUGGUUCUUUUGAGCCGAAUCCGAAAUAAAAUCAUUGAUUAAAGUCUGUGAUGUUUUUCA